AUGAUUGCAAUUGGAUUUGAGGGUUCGGCAAACAAGAUUGGUAUUGGCAUCAUUGAGCACAAGUUGGAUGGGGAAACCAUUGUAUUGGCAAAUGUACGACAUACAUACAUCACUCCACCUGGACAAGGAUUUUUACCAAAAGACACUGCAAUUCAUCAUCGUCAGCAUGUACUUCCACUUGUUAAGCAGGCUUUGAAGGAUGCAGCAAUCAGUCCAUCUGAAAUUGAUUGUAUAUGUUAUACAAAAGGACCAGGAAUGGCAGCACCAUUGAUAUCUGUGGCAAUUGCUGCCCGUACACUGUCAUUGCUAUGGGGGAAACCUCUUGUUGCAGUCAAUCAUUGCAUUGGACAUAUUGAAAUGGGCCGUAUGAUUACUGGAGCAGUCAAUCCUAUUGUGUUGUAUGUGAGUGGUGGAAAUACCCAAGUUAUCGCAUAUUCAGAACAGAGAUAUCGAAUAUUUGGUGAAGCCAUAGAUAUUGCUGUUGGAAACUGUCUAGAUCGGUUUGCAAGAAUUGUGAAUUUAUCCAACGAUCCCAGUCCUGGAUACAAUGUGGAGCAAUGUGCCAAAAGAGGGAAAAACUUUAUCGAGUUGCCUUAUGGAGUCAAAGGAAUGGACGUUUCAUUUUCAGGAAUCUUGUCAUUUAUUGAAACCAUCGCAAAAGAGAAACUCGACACUGGCGAAGUGACUGUAGAUGAUUUAUGCUUUUCUUUACAAGAGACGCUAUUUGCCAUGCUGGUGGAGAUUACCGAGCGUGCCAUGGCUCAUAUUGGAUCUCAAGAAGUGCUGAUUGUUGGCGGAGUUGGAUGCAAUGCUAGACUGCAGCAGAUGAUGGAAAGUAUGACCAAAGAUCGUGGCGGACAUUUAUUUGCCACGGAUGAAAGAUUCUGUAUCGACAAUGGACUCAUGAUUGCACAAGCUGGUGUGUUGAUGUAUAAGGCUGGAUAUACGACUCCACUAGAACAAACAACAUGCACUCAGAGGUUUCGAACAGAUGAAGUGCAUGUUAUAUGGAGAGACUAG